AUGGCGUUAGCAACUCAAAAAAAGCGUCGCAUCUUUGAUGCGAAAAACUUUUUGGACCGGCAGGCUGCUCUGGCGCGCGUGAAGUUCACCUUUAAAAAGAAGCAAGUAGAACAAAUACUACUGAGCUAUAUAAGAGAUGGAAAUCCGGAAUCAUUCAUGAGCUUAAUGGUAGACUUGGACGCAAAUGUUGUUGAUCGGGAUAAAAACAAACAAGAGACAAUAUUCGAUAUGGAAAUAGACGAAAAGGAUGAAGUCAGUGAGACAUUAGGACUACUAUCUGGUAAAAUAAUCUGGCCGCUGUGUAUGGAAUACAAGGACAUGUUCAAAGAUAGUGACAAUGAGACCCAGUACACGAGUUUGAAACGUAAAUUAGAAGCUGAAAGAUGA